AUGGAAUUCACAUGUGGCUUCUACUUCCUUGCCUACUGGAAAGUUUGCUUUUUUGGCAUUUUUAUGGCUCCCACCGACCAAGUGGUGUGGUCUGCUAAUCAAAACAAUCCAGUUAGGGACAACGCCACGCUGGAGCUUACGGCGGAAGGAGAUUUGGUCUUGACGGAUGUUGAUGGGUCUAUGGCUUGGUCAACCAACACUACGGGUAUGUCUGUUGUAGGCAUGAACUUGACAGACUCUGGCAAUCUCGUGCUAUUUGAUAAGAACAACGCCACAGUGUGGCAAUCCUUCGAUCGCCCUACGGACUCACUUGUCCUUGGGCAGAAAUUGAAGGUGGGGCGGAAAUUGACCCCGAGUGCUUUCGCAUCGAAUUCGGCGGGCGGUUUACUUUCACUUUCACUGACUCAUCUCGGUUUAUUUGCCCAGAUAGAGACUGAUCCUCCGCAGGUGUAUUUCUCUGUUUGGAUAAAUUUCCCUAACACAAGCCAUGACUCUAACUACAUUGAAUUUAUUGAAGGAGAUCUGGCAUUGUUCAUGAAUUCCACAAGAAAUGGGUCUGUGCUUUCUGGUUUUGAUGCAUCUGCGCAGUACAUCAAGUUUGAAUCCGAUGGACAUUUGAGAUCAUAUCAACCGGAUGGAUCGGAGCGGGGUUUAGGAGAUGAUCUUCUUACACCAGAGCUUGGGGAUUGUAAUUAUCCAAUGGUUUGUGGUAAAUAUGGAAUUUGUAAUAUGGACAGGCAGUGUAGUUGUCCAACAUCAAGCGAUGGGAAAAGCUACUUUAAGCCCGUGAGUGUUAGAGAUCCUAAACUUGGGUGCGUGGAAACUGUUCCUUUGUCUUGCGAGGCUUCACAGUUUCAAACCUUUUUGGAGCUUAAUGACACUUCUUACUUCACCUAUUACAGAGACCCGCAGCUUACCCCAGAUCUAGCAAAUAUAGAAAAGGAGAGUUGCAGAAAGGCCUGUGCCAGCAACUGCUCAUGCACAACAGCUUUUUUCCUAAAUGAUUCAGGUUCUUGCUACUUAUUAUCUCAAGUAUUUUCGCUUAUAUACUUAGAACAAACUCCUAGCAAUUCCAUUGCUCUCAUUAAAGUACAGAACACUAAUGAAGUACCUUCUCUUGGAAAUAGGAAAAAGUCCAGCAUUCUUAAGGUAAUAUUACUCAGUUGCAGCGUUGGGUCACUCAUUGUCUUGACCAUUCAUUAUGCGGUCAAAAAUAUUCUAGCUCUUAGGAGGCAAGAAGUCGACGAAGUUGAAGAGGACUACCCAGAGCAGCUGCCUGGGCUACCUACAAGGUUCACUUAUGAUGAUUUACUAGCCGUUACAAAGGGUUUCAGUAAGAAGCUCGGUGAAGGAGGCUUUGGCUCUGUUUUUGAAGGUACUCUGACUGACGGCACAAAAGUUGCGGUAAAGCGCCUUGAUAGGGCACGCCAAAUAAAAAAAUCUUCUCUAGUGGAGGUCGAAACUAUUGGCAACAUUCAUCAUGUCAACUUGGUGAGACUCAUUGGAAUUUGCGCCGAGAAGUUCCAAAGGCUGCUGCUAGUCUAUGAAUACAUGUCCAAUGGUUCUGUGGAUCGGUGGAUCUUUCACAAAUCGAAAGGGUCAUUCGUGCUUGACUGGAAACAGAGGAGAAAGAUAAUUUAUGACAUAGUUAAGGGCCUAAAUUAUCUCCACGAAGAAUGCAGAUGGAAGAUAGUUCACAUGGACAUUAAACCUCAAAAUAUUCUUCUGGAUGAAAACUUUAAUGCUAAAGUUGCUGAUUUUGGCUUGUCUAAAAUGCUUGAUAGGGACAAAAACCAAGCGGAGACUACAGUGAGGGGCACUCCUAGCUAUAUGGCCCCGGAGUGGCUGAGUGCAACAAUUACUGAAAAAGUCGAUGUCUAUAGCUUUGGUGUGGUAGUUCUGGAGAUAGUUUGCGGAAGAAAAGUAUUUGAUAGCUCUCAAAAUGAGGAAGACAGGUACCUACUUGAUGUUUUUAAGAGAAAGGCAGAAGAAGGGCGACUUUUGGAUAUCGUUGAGAACACUUGUGAGGAUCAGCAACUAAAUCGACCCCACAUGGUAAAUAUGAUGAGACUUGCUGCAUGGUGCUUACAGGGUGAUUUUUCAAAAAGGCCUUCCAUGUUGAUGGUCAUCAAGGUGUUGGAUGGAGUUAUGCAAAUUCCGGAUGACCUAGGUUAUGAGUUUUCACAUCACACCUUGAAUAUUGAUGCAAGGGUUGGUCAGAAGAAUGUUGAUUUUGGCCCUACAAUUUCUGUGUUACCAUCAAUUCUAUCCACUCCACGGUGA